CCUCAUCCCUCCAGCCCUCCUUCUGACACGCCGCUUUAUCAUCAAUCUGCGCACCCUCAGUCCGUCCAUCAAUCCCCCCUUCAGCAAUGGAGGCCGACACUCUCCAAACCUUCGCCGCGGCGGUUCAACAACAAUUCCCUGCCUUCAGCAACGAGCAUGACAGCGCCUCGCAAGAUGCCGCGGCGGCAGCUGGAUAUGCCCCUGCUGAAUCCCUCAACGCCAACCCUCACAACCAAUCCUAUCCCAUAAUCCUGCCACCACUGCCAUCGGCGCCGAACAGCUCUCCGAACGUGCAGACUCGAAAACAAAGCAACAAUUCGAGGAAUACAACGAGUCCUAGUGCGAAUGUCGCUAUGCGCAGUCCCCAGCAGACGCGCUCCGGCAUAUCGGCCCAGACUCGAGCUGCCCAGAAUGCAGCCUCGACCACUCCGUCUCGCAACGGUAGCAACGCUUCGAAUACGACUCCCCAGAUGCAAGCCACACAGAUGAACCAACAGUCUGAUAAUCUACAAGGGCAGUCAGACCCGGCGCAAUCCCAGAAGCAAAAUGGCUUCGUCUUCAAAAACUCUUCGUCUGCAUACCCGAACGGCACUCCCACCCCUACUCGAUCCUUGUCUAAACAGUCACAAGUCUACACUACACCGCAUGGUGUGGUCCAAACUGAUCCCUGGGUGUCUCAUUACCAAACUACCCCCUCUACCACCGAAGCCAAUGGUGCCUCCAAUGUCAAUGGCAACAAUGACAGUGCAGAAACAGACCCCGCUGUUGCGGCAAACCCCUUCAGCGCCAACUUCCCUCUGGUGUCUGACCCGCCAGACCUUGAGGAAUGGCGCAACAAACUCUUCAAUAUCACAGAGACAUUGGUGCUGUCCGAAGAAGAGUUCCUCACUUACUUUCCCCACGUCGACAACGUCUACUCCCAUCGCUCCACCCAAAAAUACAAACGCAAGGCCUUCGUUAGUCACUACUGGGACUGUCGAUUGAAGGGUCGCCCGAGUGGAACCCCCAAGAGCGAUGACCCCAACAAGAAAAAGCGCAAGCGCCAGGCUCGGGAGCGAGAUCUUUGCGAUGUCAAAAUCAAAAUCACCGAGUACUUCAGUGCUGAAGAAGCAAGGAAGUUGGGCUUGGCAGGUGGGAACGACAUGAAUGGCGUCGACGCUAGCGGCAAUGCCAACGGUACGAUGGCGAGCGACAUGGGCACUUUUGGAAGUAUAGACAACACCGAGCUGACUAUCGUCCUCGAAGACGGCAGCCACGGUCUCGGUGGUGUUGGUCAUCUCGGCGGCGGCGUUGGCGGUGGGGGUAUUUCACACAACGCUGCCAACCCCAUUGAUCCAAAUUUUGGACUGCUUGAACUUCCCCGUCCUCUACCUCAAGGCCACCCAGGCGCUGAUGGAAAGCGAUGGUUCACAAUCCAACGUGUCCGAGGUAAUCCUGGUGGGGGAGCUGUCAAAGACUCCAACAAACGUGACAGUAAUGUUAACGGCGACGUCGAAGACGAAAUCGAUUCAUCAGUGCUGGACCCCAAUUUGAAUGCGGAUCUGGACCACAAGCAUACCCUUGAAGAAAGUGACCGGAUCAAGAAGAACAGCGUGCAAAGAUGGAUGCUAAAGGAGGAAAAGGAAAAGAAACGAUUGAGUAAACUUCCCGCCUCCGGUACUUCGAAUCAAUCCACAACAAACAACGAGUCGGUGUCUCCUUCUUUCCGGGCCUCGGGAAUGGCUUUCUUCACUGCGCGAUCCCACGCGGCUCCUGCCCCGACGAAGAUAACCUUCUUCGCCAAUUCGUUCUGCCCCUUCGCGCAACGCAUCUGGAUCGCUCUGGAGAUCAAGGGUGUUCCGUAUCAGAUGGUCGAAAUCAUGCCCGCAACCGUCGACAGUUACAGGCCGCCGGAGAUGUUGGAGGUGAACCCGGAAGGGAAUAUCCCGUGUAUUAGGCACGGCAAUUGGGGUGUCUGGGAAAGCGGUGUUGUUUUGGAGUACCUUGAGGAUCUAGCCAUGGGACACUCCCUACUGCCACUGGGUAACCCGCAACUGAGAGCACAUUGUCGGCUGUGGACGGACCAUAUCAACCGCAAGAUCCUUCCCAGUUUCUACAGCUUGCUCCUGACCCCGCCUCCUUCACCCAGUGUCGAACAACCAAUGGGUCUGGACGGGAUGCAGGUCGACGGAGAUGAACACGCGCAAGUCACUAACGCGGCAUCGGCGGCGCAACAUAGCAUGCUCGUCGCCACGUUACAGAAGAACAUCACCGCAUUGGUCAAUGCCAGCCACGCCACGGGACCAUUCUUCCUGGGCAACGAGAUCGGAUUUGUCGAUGUAGUUUUUGCGCCCUGGAUCAUCCGACUCUCCCGCGUCUUGAGCUAUUAUCGCAAUUUUCCCAGACCGGAGAUUGGCACGCGCUGGAGACAAUGGGUCGACGCUAUCGAAGCGGACGAUCGCGUGAGGCGGACCGUGAGUGACGAAAAUUCAUACCACGGUGUGUACAGAGGCGUGGGCGAGGAUGGAUGGUGUGCGAAGGAUGCGCAUAAGCCCAUCGUGGAGAUCCAAUACGCAAGGAAAGUCGUUGCGCAGGAAGGAUUUGGGUUAGGCGGCGAUGUCUGGGGGCGUUUGCCUGAAGAAGAGGCCGUCCAUAACCCCGACGCAGUUGGGCAGACUCUAUCAUGAACAUUUGAUGUGCUUCGGAAAGCGAGGGUUGCGACAACGGCUUUCUUGCAACAAGCAUUAGGAGGCUUACGAGCUGUACAUCCCAAUUACAUGCGCUCAGUUGACACAACGGUAUCGAACAAUUGAAGUCUCGAGUAAAAUGCUGGAGGUCCUACGGCCAUCUCAUUAGGUCGUGUGCUUCGCUACUGUGGUUCCUGGGCGCUGUUGCGACCGAUGGCGCGGAAAUAUGCUUGAGAUCGCCUGACUGAUUUGUCGAUGGCCGAAAUCUCCUUCCCGACGUCGAAGGGCGUCGUCUAUCUCGAUCGAGUAUCGAUGGAUCCGCGAAAGUGGUUUGGUCAAAACCCGGCACCAUACCAAUCGGUGUCUACAUGUGAUACGUAUGAGAGUCGUUUCAAGCAAUUGGCGUGGGAUGGCGUUCCGUACCUCGUCCAUGUUCCACGUCCAGUUGACUGAUAGGGGCGAGCUUUGAGGUGCCAUGGCAUCUCACCCGUAUACUACUGCCGCCCACAUUUUCAUCCAAUGAGGUUGUUCCUGUGCUGGGGAAUAUUCUUUACCAUCCGCACAGACAGAGUACCUACGUAGGUAGUUAAG